UUAAGAAAAAUUAAAUCUUGGCAGAAGAAUAAAUAUUCGGAGGCGGUGCACGGUGGCCGCCGCCUUCGGAGGGGAGAAGAGAAGGAAAGCGGUAGCAUGGGUGCCGGCACCGCCUCUCCCUCUCUCUCCGCCUCUUCCGCUUCCGAAGACCAUUAGAGCUUCCCUACUUUGUCCUUGCUGGAUCCGCUACCUCGAAUACGAUCGCACCGCCCGAAUCUGGUUCCAGUCGUCACGGAUCGAGACGGUUAAUCGCAGGGAGAAUUCAAGAUGGAGAGUCAGCAGCUUAGACUCUGUGGCAUUGGACAGCUGUUCACUGAAUUCUUACUUGAUACAAGGGUUCCAAGAGUAGAAGUUAUCUAUCCUCAGCCUCGCCAUGUGGUGAAAGUCCCUCCCAUGUUAGAUUGUGUUGGCAGUUUGGGUUCCAAGGCAAAGUGCAAUUUGCCUGCUCAACAAGGAGAUAAUAACAAUCUCAAUUUCUUCGACAUAUUUUUCAAUAAGGAUGAAACUGGAGACGAUCAAACUGGUUUCUUUUGUGGUACUCCUCCUGUAAGAACAGACAAUCCUAUGGUCUGGGAUUCUUUCUUUACUAAAGAAAACCUAGCAUUCAGUCCAACAAUAAUCCAUGAAUCAAGGGGACAACCUCGAGUAGAACAAAACCAGCAGUUCAUUGUUCAACACAAAACCAGAAUUGGUUUCUCAGAGCAUUAUCAGCACAAGUUCUGUUCCUAGCCUUGUGAUUUCCACUUUGUCAUGAUCUUUACUUAGUCUUGACUGUAGCUUCCCUAUUACUACUGUACACAAUUUUCCUCUCCCUUUCAAUAGCCUGUGCCAUAUCCCCAGAAUUAUUGUAUAUUGAGCCUUGUGAUAUUAAUAUCGCUAUAAAUCCAUCUCAAACUCUCUGAUUGUUUGGUGAUAUUAGUAUGUAAACAUAUGUUUCCGUAAUAUAAAAUAUCAUUCUUAUUCAGAAGGCA